AUGGACUAAGCCAAUAAAUUGUAAUAUUAACAACAAGUUGAAAAUUAUCUUGAAACAAAUAAAGUAUAUCACAUCUUUGAAGAUCUACUUAAAUCUUUAAUUAUUAAAAAACCUGAUGAUCCAAUAUAGUUUCUAAUCAAUAAAUUAUAAGAACCAGAAAGUAUAUAUGAUACAUCAAUAAAGGCAAAAAAAUCUUUGUAGUUGGUCCUCCUGGAUCAAAAUUAAGAGAAUUAUCACUUACAUUGGCUGAUUAUUUGAAUUUUCAUAUUGUUUCUAUAGGAGAUUUAAUUGAAAAGGAGUUAAGCAAAAAAUCUGAAUUGGUAUACAUCUCUUACUAUUUUUAAUUUAGAGUUAAUAAAUUUAAGAAUCUUUGGAUAAAUUUUAAUAUGUGAGUGAUGAAAUUGUGAUUAAUAUAGCACUUAAUUAGAUUAAUCAUUUAGAGAAUGAAAAGAAAAGUUAUAUUUUUGAAGGAUUCCCUAAAACUAGAGUUUAAGGAUUGGCACUUUAAAAAGAAGGUAUAAUACCUGAUGCAUUCUUAAUUUUGGAAAUGUCAUAAGAAAAAAUAUAUCAAUGUUGUUUUAAAAAGUUAGAAACAGAACCAUUUAAUAAAUUAAAUAACAAAGAAGACUUAGUAAAAAAUCAUUCUUUAGAAUAUUAAUUGAAUUUAAAGUAAGUUAAAGACAUAUACAAGAAUUAAUACUUUUCAGUUGAUGGAGAAAAGAAUUAUGAAUUAGAAGAUAUGGCAGUAUAUUAUUAAAAUUAAUUAAUAUAGUAAUUAUUGAAAUACAAACUUUAUGAUAAUUCACCUAAAAGAGCUCUUAGAAUAGUUGUAAUAGGACCACCUGGAUCAGGAAGAUCUACUUUAGCUAAAAAAUUAUCAAGCAAAUAUGGAUUUGUAUAUAUUUCAACAAGAGAAUUGAUUUCAAAUUUAGUAAAUUAAAAAGGAACAACUGGAAAAGAAGCAUUUGAGAAAGUCAAUAAAGGUGAUUUUGUAGAUGAUAGAAUUGUUAAUGCUUUAAUAAAAGAGAGGCUUAAUUAGACUGAUUGUUAAUUGUAAGGUUAUGUGCUAGAUGGUUAUCCAAAAACAGAAAAGUAAUUGGAAUCUUUGAAUGAAUUAAAUGUUUAACCAACUCUUAUGGUGAUUAUUGAUACUGCUGAUGAUAUCAUCAUAAAAAGACUUGUUUAAAGAAGAACUGAUCCAAUAACAGGAAUUAUGUAUAAUUCAGUUGAUGAAGCAGAUAAAGAAGUUAGAUCCAGAUUGAUUAUAGCACCAAAUGAAAAAAGAGAAGUUGUGUAAUCAAGGUAUAUUUAAAUAUUGAUUAUAUAAUAGAUUGAAGAGAUGGGAUGAUUUAAAAUAGGUUAUAGAUGGUACUCCUAAAUAUGCAUCAAUCAUUUAUAAAGUCUCUGGAGAGAAUUCUUUAAAUAAUAUGAUAGAAUCAGUAUGUUAUCAUUUAGAGAAAAUGAAUUGA